GAGGCUGGCGUCACCGUACUCGCCGUCAAUGCGCUCUGGGACCUGCUCCACAACUGCCGCUUCCUCGAUCUGGUCACACAGCGUCCUGCUGAUGUCGACAGCCGUCGGUGGUACCACUUCCUGUUCAGGUUGAGCGUGCUGUCGGCCUGUUUCACUUUCUUCACACUGCACCGCGCCUUCUUCGUGGGCAGCUUCUCCGGAAUGGUCCCGAACAUGGCUUACAACCCCCUGGUCGACACCAGCGACCCGAUGACCAUCUUGCUUUCCGCUUCCUACCUCCACUUCAGAUCGCUGUACCUGUUGUUCGUGCCGACUUCGCUGUCGUUCGACUAUUCGUUCAACUGCAUUCCGCUGGUGGAGGCCGUCAGCGACCCGCGCAACCUGUGGUCGCUCCUGACCUACUCCGGCCUCGCCUACUUUCUCGCGUGGAGCGUGUGGCAGUGGCCUCACCGCUUCUUCCGCGCUCAAAGCGGUGACGUCGACUCCGACUCCGACUCUGAUGAUAACAGCAGAGAGAUGCUGGUGAUGUUGUUCGGGCUGUUCGCAGUGCCCUUCUUCUCGACCUCCGGCACGCUGAUGGCUGAGAGCGCCCUCUACGUGCCGUCCGUCGGGUUCUGUAUGCUGGUCGGCUACCUUCUUCACCGCGGCCACGAGAACAAGGUCUACUCCACCAGGGUGUUCGUGUGCCUGUGCUUGGCCAUCCUUCUCUUCUUCUCGGCCACCACCUACCUGCGCAACCCUGUCUGGGACAGCGAAGCCGCCCUCUACCAAAGCGGGGUCGAGUCAUGCCCCGCCAGCGUAAGGAUCCUCCACAGCCACGCCCUGGAGCUCGAGAAGGCCGGGCAAACCGCCCAAUCUGCCGAGUACUUCCGUCGUGCGCUUGAGUUGGACCCGACGGAUUUGACCAGUCUGGCGAGGCUCGGCAAGCAGGCCUUCAUCCGGGCCAACACCACCGAGGCGUUGGCGUACUACGGGGGCAUCAUCAACAGGGAACCCAAGAUCUACCACGAGUAUGCCUACUUGGAUGUGGGUCUCAUCUACUGGAAGGGCGGUGUGAAGCAAAAGGCCUACAACUUCCUCGACCAUGCGGUCAAGCUCUACAAUGACCCGAGCUAUGCGUCGCUGCGCACCAACCUGCCUACGCCGGCGAGGCCGAGAGCGGUCUGG